GAGGCAAAGACAUUGAAAAGCAUAAUCUUCCGCAGUAGUUACUAUCUCCAUUUGUGAAAUUCUUUUGAUGGCCCGAGCCUCGAUUUGAUCGUGUUUCUCUCCUCCGGUUAAUUUCAUGGCACAGCCUUUGUUCUUCUUAGUUGUCUGGCUUGUAUUGGCUCCAACUGCAACUGCCCAUGAUCUUCAAUCCAAUGAAGAAGGAUACAUCUCUCUGCUCUUAUCCAACAAGGGAGUUGACUUUGCUAAAGACGUGCUCAUAAACAAGGCAGUGUCCACCAUAAUCCCACUUCAACUACCUGAUAUUGAAAAGUCUGUCAAAAUCCCACUGAUUGGCAAAGUACAUAUGAUUCUUUCAAAUAUCACAAUUGAUAGUGUCAAUAUAUCUUCUUCAUAUGUUGAAACUGGAAACCCAGGUUUAGUCCUGGUUGCUUCUGGUGCUACUGCCAGCUUGAGCAUGAAAUGGGCUUACUCGUAUAGCACCUGGUUGAUUGUCAUUUCAGACAGUGGAGAUGCUUCAGUUCAGGUCAAAGGUAUGGAAGUGGGGCUUACUGUAUCUUUCAAAGAACAAGGAGGAACUCUUGAGCUGUCCCUUCUGGACUGUGGAUGUCAUGUGCAAGAUAUUACCAUCAAAUUAAAUGGGGGAGCAUCCUGGCUUUAUCAAGGGAUAGUUGAUGCUUUUCAAGGGUCAAUAGGUUCUGCAGUGGAAAACGCUAUUUCCAAGAAAAUCAAAGAAGAGAUAGUAAAACUUGACUCCCUAUUGCAGUCACUUCCAAAACAAAUCCCAAUAGAUCAUGUUGCUGCACUGAAUGCUACUUUUGUGGACAGCCCUGUGCUGAGUAAUUCUUUCAUUGAACUUGAAAUCAAUGGUUUAUUCACAGCAACCGAUGAUUUUGCAGUCCCCAGAAAUUAUGAUAAAGGAAAAAAAAGUUCCCUUUCCUACAACUGCCCUGCUAAGAUGAUAGGAAUUUCAUUACAUGAAGAUGUUUUUAAUACUGCUGGAUUAGUAUACUUAAAUGCAGGUUGUAUGCACUGGAUAGUUGACAGUUCUUUGAAUCAUUCUUUUCUAAACACUGCAGCGUGGAAAUACGUAUACCCCCAACUCUACCUGCAAUAUCCAAACCAUGACAUGAGUCUUAAUAUUUCAGCAACUUCUUCUCCAGCGGUAAAAAUUGCCAAGAAUGGCAUUAACGUCACCAUUUACUUAGAUGUGACAGUUAAUGUUUUGGAUGAUAGCAAAGUGAUACCAGUUGCAUGCAUCUCGUUGGAAAUUAAUGCUUCUUGUUCCCCACAAAUUUUAUGGAAUAAAAUAGCUGGUAUCCUCAAGCUGAAAAGCUUUACCAUGUCUUUAAAGUGGAGCGAAAUUGGGAAUAUCCAUAUGGAUCUACUUCAGCCAGUAAUUUUUGCUCUUCUCGAAACCGUCUUCAUUCCAUAUGUAAACUUACACCUCAUGAGGGGAUUUCCCCUGCCACUCAUUCAUGGAUUUUCACUCCAGAAUGCUGAAAUUCUCUACACAGAAUCGAAGAUCAUGACAUGCAGUAACCUUUUGUAUGCAUAACAAAAGCAUCU